AGUUUCCAGGGAGAAACAGCGCACGUCCACCAGAACAAUAGGAUCGACCGUUGAAAAGUGGGCCCACCUCUAAAGAAGCUCGGGCCAAACAAGUAGCACUGCUAUCGCGAGGAAAGCUGGUGGGGAAGGAAAUGCCCGAAGCUUCUCUCGAGUAUCGAGUCUAGUGACAGUGAGAGAUGAGGUUCCUCUCCGUACUUAGGGUUCCGCAUGGCAAAACCUGUGAGAUAUGCAGAGCUGCUCUUUCUCAUCUUCACUUACAAAACGGAAGAUCAUUGUCUUCUUCCACAUUCGUGCCUUCUUUCGGCAUUGCAUUCGACAUUGACGGCGUCAUUUUGAGAGGCCGGACACCGAUCGGAGGGUCUCCCGUCGCAUUGAGAAGGUUGUAUAGUGAUUGCGGUGCUUUGAAGAUUCCAUUUCUGUUCUUAACAAAUGGCGGUGGCAUCCCAGAAGCAAGACGUGCCUACGAGUUAGGGAAACUCUUGGAAGUUAUCAUUAAGCCUUUGCAGGAUCAAGUGUUAGGGAAGAUACUCGCAAAGGGGCCUAAAGUUGGACGAUUGUUUCCUCUACAUUUUUCCAUUCCUUCUUGCAUUUCUUUGGCUUGUACUACUGUAAACAAUAAGGGUGAAGUUGUACAGGGUCAUUCGCCUUUCAAAGAUCUGGUGAAUAGAUUUGAGAACGAACUCAUUAUUGCCACUGGAAAAGGUGAACCCGCUGCGGUGAUGUCUGAAUAUGGAUUUAAAAAAGUUCUUUCGAUCGAUGAGUAUGCAUCCUAUUUCAAUGACAUUGAUCCCCUUGCUCAGCAUAAGACUUGGGGAAGCAAGCAGGCAUUUGAUACGAAGGCGAUGCACCCGAGAUUCAAUGUUUUCUCAGAGGAAGUUCAAGCAGCAUUUGUUGUUAGUGAUCCUGUUGAUUGGGGCAGGGACAUUCAGGUCCUCUGUGACAUUUUAAGAUCUGGUGGUCUUCCUGGAAGGAAGAAUGGUGGACAUCAACCUUCACUAUUUUUUGCAGCUGAUGAUCUUGAAUACCAGGCUUCAUUUCCUUCUGAACGCCUUGGUAUGGGUGCUUUCAGGAUUGCACUAGAAAGCAUCUUCAACAGAAUUCAUCAUGACACUCUAAAGUAUACGUCUUUUGGGAAACCAAAUCCAUCUGUUUUCAAGAAUGCUGAAGGUAUAUUGAAAGAACUUUGGUCUAUCUGUUAUGCCGAUCAUCAUAUUGUGAAAGACAGAGACACUAUAAAUCAUCCAUUCAAAACAAUUUAUAUGAUUGGAGAUAAUCCUUCAGUUGACAUCAAAGGAGCACGGAAGGCAGGACAUCCCUGGUUUUCCAUUUUGACACGGACGGGCGUUUUCAAGGGGAAAGAAAAUGAUUCACAUUUUCCAGCUGAUGUGGUUGUUGACACUGUCGAGGAAGCGGUGGAUUACAUUUUGAGAAAGGAGGCGGCCUAAAAUACCUGCAACAUACUUUUCCAGCAUGUCACUUGCUUCCCAUGUCAAGCAAUUGAUGUAUGUACAUGAAAGCUGAUACACGAACAAUUUCAAUUGAGGAAACAAGUCCUUGGAAGACGACGAUUCCUUAUUUGGAUUCGCUGGAUGUCUCUCUCGCAUGCUUGCGUGCAUCUUUUUCAUUAGACCAUAGUUUUGAAAAGGCAACUCAAUUCAAUAGCCAGUCUGGUCAAGUUGACACAACUCAUCCAGGUACGCAGAUACUCUUAUUGAAUAAUACAUGUAUGAUGAAAUUAUGGUUGGAAAAAGAAGGAAGGAAACAGUUGCGUAGA